GAGAGCCGCUUGGCGCCCCUGAAAUGAGAAGCGCGGAGGGGAAAACCGACGUCCCUCUCUGGAGGCUAAGCCGCUUCCCCGCCCGCUUUGCCGACUCCACCCCCAGCGGCCGGUUUCCACGGGGACAAGAGCCCCGCGCCGGAGGCAGAAGGAGGCGGCUGAGGCGGCACCCGCAGCCUCCCUCCCUGGCCGCUCCUGCGGGUCGCGGGCUGGAGAGGCGCCGCGCGGGACGGGGCUCCCUCGCGAACCGGGGCGCCCUUCUCCCCGCGCUGACAAGGAGCACCCCGCUCUUCCCAGGCAGUCGGGCCUCUGCCGCUUGGUGAGGAGAUGGAGCAUCUGUCUCCUAAGGUAGAAUCACUCUGCUGGAAGUGAAAUUGAUACGGCAUGUACACAGAAUCUGACAUUCUUACGACUUAAGCGGCUAACUUUCUAUGGAAGGACAAUGUCUGGCACUGUUGGUGAUGCUAAUAGACCAAAUUCAGUCAAGGCCAAAGGUAUCCCAUUACAUUCUGUAGCUAAUGCUAGCAUGGGCUUUCAGCAGCCCAACAAGUCGCUAAGCAGAGGAAAUAAUUCAAUUCAGAGACUCUCUAGAGUGAGCUAUCCAAGAACGGAACAAGAAACAAGUAACACAAAUGAACCACCACACAGAAAAUGUUUAAGCAGUACCUACAUAUCAAAAUUGGAUAAUCAACUACUUGAGGAUGCAAGCAUUCCUGAGACACAGAAACUGGGAAUGGUUGCAAGCUGGGCAGAAUUGUUUCAUGAUACAUCUGUUGUUUGGGACAACCUGCUGGAAACUGGAAAAUCUACCUUGGAUUAUGAUACAGUGGUUCAAAAUAGCAGUGGUGAAGAUGCCAUAAAUAAAAAUGCUGAUGAUUUGGAAAUGAAGUUAUUACAUGCACAUGUUUUAAAUCCUUUCAUAGCCUCUGAAAAUAGCUCGGCGCGUGCUAAAAGAUGUACUCCUCCUGUUUUUUUAUGUUGUAAUACGUCACCUCAUCCUUGCAAGAGUUCUGCUCAAGCAACUAAGCCUGAGAGAGAAGGAAGGGAUAUUAUGCUUUCCACCAACAUUUCAGAAGAAUGUGAAGUUGAGGAUGACAUGCAUAGUAGCACAAGAGAAGCCAGUUCUUUAAAUGCUCAUAAUGUAGAUGAUUCAUGUACAAUUACAGUGGACCUGCACAAAAAUGAAACUUUUUUUUGGCCUCCUCUCAGUGAUAGUUCAGAUGAGGAAUUUGCAGAUGUGAAGACUGAUUGUCUAAAACUACCAGAGAGCAAGGAACGCACAAGCCCUCUCAACAGUGAUGUUGAGGCAGAAAAUAUUAAACUCAUCAAUUUAUCUGUGCUGGAAGGCAGACACUCCUUCACAAAAAGUUCUGACAUCUGUGAAAAAUGGAAUCCAGGAACAGAAAAGCUCUUGGAGAUCAAAGAAAACAAAUGCAAAGAUUUCAUGUGGACUCUCAAACCUAAAGCUUCCAGUGGGACCAAUGAUGUUGGAGAGACUACAGACAAAAACAUCCCUUUUCAUCUCAAAGUAAAAAAAGAUGCGUUAAGGGAUGGGAGUUCAGACUUUCAGCCUCUAAAGAAAGGCAUCGAUCAGAGAAAUGCAUUUAAAUCUGAGCAUAUGCUAGGGAUGGUUAAAACUCUAGAAAGGAAGAAUAUCACAGAAGAACAAGCAAAUAGUACAUCUAAUGGAAACCACUGUAACAGAGAAGAAAGGGAAACAGAAUUUAAAUUCCUGAUGAAAGAUCCAGCCAUGCAAAUUAAGAGUUUCUGUGGGAACACAUUAUUGAACCCUUCAGAAAACAGUACUUCAGUCUGUUUGAAUCACAGUUAUAAAAGCACUUGCUUGGGCAGUAGUAGUGACUGUGUUUUGUUAGACAUGCUUCUCCAGUUUACUGAUAGUGUAGAACAUAAGUCCAAUACGGUUCCAGUAUAUGUGCACGGUGAUAUACAUGAAAAUGUUUCUGAGGGUGUUGCAAAAUCAGUAGUAGGUGCUAAAAAGAAUACAGAAGAAUUUCUUGUCCCAAGAAUAAAAGCUCAUGGUGAUGAGAAGCUAUUUUGGAAUGACAAAUCCCAGUUUGAUUCCAACCACAGCGAUAGUGUUUUGGCAAAAUAUUACUUGUAUUUGAGUUAUCUCAACAAGUCCAAAAGGCUUCAGCAAGAGGUUGGUGGCAAUCUUCUCUCUUGUCAACAACAUUUUGGAAUUUCUAAAGAAGCAAAAAUAUCCGCACUCGACUACCAUAAGGGUGGUAAUAUGUAUGAGCAUAAGGCUACUGAAUAUACGAACGAUGACGUAAGCUACUGUGAGGAUAAAAGUUCUGAGGUUCUAAAACAGCAAAGCCUUCCUGAAAAACAGGAAUCAAAGUCUUCUUUUUCAUGUAACAGUCCUGAACAUUUAUCUAAUCUAUUAUUGACGGAAAAGAAACAAUUGGAGAAUGGACACAUUUUGAAAGGCAAGAAGCUUUUGGGGGCCAUGAAAAUCAGCACAGAUGCGGUUGGUUUUAAGAGGUGUUCUAAGAGAUCCAGCACUGUAUGUGCAUCUUUCACACAGAGAGAGCUGAAGCCAAGAUCACAACAUACUCAAAGACCAGCACAGACCAGUGAAAGAACAUGGAGAGGAAGUUAUAAGUUUCAGAUCUGUCCAUCUUCAGGCUGCAACCCUUGUAAACAGACCAGUAUGCAUUCCGUCUCUGAAACAACUGUACCGUGUAAAUAUCAGAAGAAAACAUCUAAUAAUCAGAACACAAGGAAAAGUUUUCUUAAAAAUGCAAAUGCAUGGACAGAACUCAGACAGGAGCAUGAAACUGCUGUUAAAGAAUAUGAUGAAAUAAAUACAGAAUGGCAUAGUGACAGCAAGCUCUUACCAUGGCUCCUUCUUCCUGAUGAAUUGUGGCUUUGCAUCUUCUUGCUGCUGACUCAUAAAGAUAUUACUCGGGUUUCCCAAGUUUGUCAACGUUUUCAUCGGCUUGCAGGAGAUGAGUCCUUCUGGAAGGAGAUCCACCUGACGAACUGCCACUGCUUGAAUGAUGAGUGGUUGAUCAGUUUGGGGAGUCGCCACCCCCAAUGUUUCACUCUUGAUCAUUGCCACGAUGAAGCCCAAAGAAUUACUGAAGUGGGAUUAAAGCAGUUCUUCCAGCACUGUGGAGAAUCUCUUAAGGAACUGAAUAUAAAAAACUGCAGUGGUCCUGGAUUUAGAGGGGACAAAGUUCUGCUUCAUGCAAGCACCUUUUGCCAUAACCUGACAACUGUAGAUGUUAGCUGGACAGGAGCUACUGAUUCAGGACUCAUUGCCUUAGUAGCAUCAUCUAUAAGAUUGCAGUGCCUUUCUACUAAUGGAUGCCAGAUUACAGAUGAUGCAGUAAAUGCCUUGAUUGAAAAGCAUGGGAAAAGCCUUAAGAAGCUGGAAGUACUUGGAUGCCAUGCUCUUACUGACAAAUGCUUGAGAUCCGUGGCUGUGAAGUGUCCAGAUCUAGAGGUGCUGAACGUUGGCAGAAUUCACAAGAUUACUGAGGAGUGCCUGGCUAAAGUCAUAAGCUCUAUGAAAAAGCUAACUAGUGUUAACCUUACGGGGCUCAAUAUGGUGAGGGAUUGUGUUGUACAUUUAAUUGUGAAGAAAUGUCCUAAACUGGAAAGUUUGGUUCUCAAUUCAUGCUCCCAAGUAACUGAUAUAAGCCUUUUAGAAAUCAGCAUUGGCUUACCAGCAAUCAGGUACCUGGAUGUUAGUGGCUGUAAAGAGGUCACUGACAUUGGAGUUCAAGCUUUGGCGGGGAGAUGCCGGAAGCUUUCUUUCCUUGAUUUAAGUUCCACUGCAACCAGCAAAAGAGGGGUUUGCCUGUUGGCUAGCUUCUGCUUCAGGACUUUGGAAUGUGUGAAGCUGAGUUUGUGCAAGAAUAUCUCCCUGGAUGCAGUUGUGAAAUUAUGUAAAAAUUGCAAAAGUGCUUCAAGUAAGUUUUUUUACCAGCGGAAGAAGAGCUGUUAGUACAGAAGGAGACCUGGCAACAAGAAUCAAGAAUAACAAUCAAAUUUUAGUUUUCUUGUGGAUAGAGUUUGACAUCUCUCAAGGUGAUAGGUUGAGAAUUCCAAAAAGUGCUGGCAGUCUUCAAGCAGGAAUAUUUCAGGCUCCUUUCACUGGAUUUGCAAGGAGUUAGCACAUUUGUUUCUCCAGAGAUAGUGGGCUAGCUCUGUGAAGUAGGAAGCACCUUUUAAACAUUUAUGUUGUAUGGGAAGAAAGAGAGCUUGCCUCCUCCCCUCUGCUUCCCUUUAGUUUUCUCUUUCCAAAUUCAUAACUGCCAAACUGGCUUCAAACUGUGUCUCUGCCGUCUCUCCCAGCUCUUGUCAGUUAUUACCCAGUGAAGGCAGAAUCCUAGUCCAUCAGGAGAAUAUGCCUAGCUGUUAAGAACAUAGAAUGCUGCCUUAUAUCAAAUCAGAUCAUGCUCUCUAGAUGUUUUGGGUACAACCUCCAUCAGCUCCAG